GACCAUCGGUUUGGUGCACAGUGGUUUUGGUGUUAUGUUUAUCGUCUGCUUGUACACUGUGUACCUGCCAUCGAUGACCCAAAGGUGGGACGAAGAAUCUUUUGGGAUAACUCCGUGCCAGCGCGGAAUUGUGUGAUCGGCGACCGUGUCUGCUUUUUGUGUCGGCAUGAGGGCGACCGCUCGAUGUUUCGUGCGGUCCAGCCGGUUUCUUCGCUCCGUGGUUGUGUUGUGAUGGCCGGCGCCGUUUGGCUAAGCAGAGAAGCUCUUGGAUUACGACUCGAACGUCCGUUUUAGCCUGGGGCCGACAAGCGAAGACGAUAGCCAGCUGAAGAUACCCAAGCGAGGUCAUCAUCGAGGCACUUUUAAUCUAUACCAAGGACACCAUGUGUGCGAGUCAAGUUCAAAGUGGAAGAUACUUCACUGGAGAGUACACCACGAGGAUAAAGCGCUGAAGAAGCUCCAUAUUGACCAAAGAUGUCGUCCGCGCUGUGGUCGGGCGAGAUCCAACACGGCUGCGGACUUCCUCCCGCGUACAAGAAUCCGUUGAGCAAUCACGAGACAGAAUCGCUCAAGUCCGGCGGCCACGGCAGCGAACGAUCUCGGAGGUCCAACAACCACAACAAUUCAUCUUCGAGACAUCAGCACAGCAAUCAUAACAACCACCAGAAUCAAGGAGGAGAUCACGGGUCGUAUCGUGCCACCAGGAGGCACUCUCAUCGCUCCACACGCUCGUGUCCGACGCAGGUCAAAGUCGGGCAACAGGACCACCGUCGGGAAGAGGUGAUCGAAGUACAGAUCCUACCGCAGGAUGACAACUGGGGUGACAACACCACAGCCAUCACGGGCAACACGAGCGACCGCUCAAUGUCGGACGAAGACGUCUCCAGGCUGGGCAGGGAGCCCGGACUGCCGGCCACCUUCAGGUGCCAAAUGUGGGCUGGCACCGUACUCACGGCCAUCCUUUCCCUCGCUGCCUUCCUCUCGCCCGUCGUCAUGGUUGUGCUGCCCAAGAUCGAACUCUUCGAGUGGAAGGUCCAGAAAUGUGGACCAGAAUGUGACGGCCUGCUCAUCAGCUUUGCCUUCAAACUCCUCAUCCUCCUGGUCGCCUCGUGGGCCCUCUUCUUCCGCAAGCCUCGAGCCACCAUGCCACGCAUCUUCAUCCUACGUGCCAUCGUCUUAGCUCUGGUCUUCGUCUUCAUCUUCUCCUAUUGGCUCUUCUAUUGCGUGCGCGUCUUCGAAAAGCGCCACAGUGACUAUGAGCUCACCUACCUGAGCAUCGUGCAAUUUGCUCUGUCGCUCGUGGACGCCUUACUCUUUGUGCACUACCUCGCGGUCAUUCUGGUCGAGAUUAGACAGAUUCAGCCUCAGUACUACGUAAAGAUUGUGCGCUCCCCCGACGGCCACAGUCGUGGCUACGUGCUGGGGCAGCUGAGUAUUCAGCGCGCUUCCGUCUGGAUACUGGAGCGUUACUAUCGGGACUUCCCCAUCUACAAUCCGUACUUGGAGACGUUGCCGACGGCUAGGGCUCGAAAGCAACAACAAGCAUACAAGGUGUACGACGUUGACGGCGUAAACUGCGACGGGAACAACACCCGCGGGACGGCGACGGUGGUUCCCACGGGACGGCGACCCAGCCACAACGAUCGCUUCUACGAGGAACACGAGUACGAGCGGCGCGUCCGAAAAAGGAAGUCUAGGCUCGUAUCAGCUGCCGAGGAUGCCUUCACGCACAUCAAGCGCAUCCAGGACGAAAACGGACCAGCCAUUCCGAUGGACCCAACGGAAGCUGCGCAGGCCAUCUUCCCGUCCAUGGCUCGUGCCCUGCAGAAGUAUCUCCGGAUCACCCGUCAGCAGCCCAGACACACCAUGCAGGGGAUACUGGACCACCUUGCCCAGUGCCUGCACUACGACCUCAGCCCCAGGGCCUUCCUGGAAAAAUAUCUACAGUCCAGCCCGGUGCUGCAGGACGACCGCGAAGUGCGCGAGGUUCAGACUUGGGCCCUGGUGUGCGACGUCCUGCUGUCGCGACCAAUCAAGCCGGGGGUGUCGUUCCUCCUCCGCCAGGGCGACGUCUCAUUGCUGGUGACCGUUCACGCCCUUCCCCACCUCAACGUCACCGAAGAGAUUGUGGAUCCAAAGUCUAAUCGCUUUGUGCUGAGGCUCAACUCCGAAACGUCGGUUUGACGUUGGUGACGUGGGUGUAGUGUGCGGUGCAGAGUUGUGCGGUGGCAUAAGGAUCUUGUGCCUAACACCAAUUCAUUGUUCUGGGAGCCACAAACAUUAGCUGCAGACAUCACAGUGGGUCUGGGCUCUUGUGCUUCUUUCGAAGUCGUAUUUACGAGGGACGUCUGAGGAGAAAGCAGCUUAGGCAAAUCCUGAACUUGUUUGCAGCUAGGAGUCAUCGGUGCCACUGGUGUAACCACAGAAUACAGUUAGGAACUGACCUUUUUUUUUUCAGGUAAAACCUUAUCCAAUGAGAAACAUAUCUUCCUAAUCAAUUUGGUCUGGGUCGGUUAAGCUAGAUUUUCCCCCAAAAUUACUUUUUUUACGAACUCUGACACAAAACAAAGCCUUUACCAAAAACCUCCUUCUGUCAAUCACAAUAAAUUAUACUCUCGCUGUAUAACGUUAUACUUUGUAAAAUGGAGCUUACACACAAGAAGCGUAGAUUUUUUUACUGGUGCCAUUAAAGCUCCAUGGUAUAUCUUAACCAUGAUAAAGGAGAUGUGGUCUGGUGUAACAUUGACCAAAAGCAUCUUAUUACUAGUUUAGGCCAGUACAUUAGUAUCAACGGUACUAUCCAACUUAACCGUGAAUUAAACCCCGAUUUAAAGAAAGCACC